CAACUAACCCUAGCUUCCUGCAAUUCACUCCUGGUGAUGUUAGAUUGAAACCUGAGGUUAAAAAUUGAAGGAAAAAGGGUAGAGGAGAGAAAAAGAAGAGAACCCAAAAACAAAAACUUCUCCAUCUCUCUAGGGUUUCUUCCAAAUUUCCAACUUUCUCUUGUUUUUCACAUUUUGGUUACAUUUAAGCACUGACCCAUAAAAGAGAGAUCACCUUGUUUUCUGAGAGAAGGAGAAGAAGUGAAAAGAGUAGCAUAUAUACAAAUACAUAGGCUUUAGAUAAUAUUGAGAUAUAUAUUUAUAUAGAAAUAAAGGAGAGAGAGGUGUAAUUUGGUUUGUGGUUUAUAAUUAGAUAGGAAAAUGGGGAGGGGAAGGGUGGAGCUGAAAAGGAUAGAGAACAAGAUAAACAGGCAGGUGACUUUUGCAAAGAGGAGGAAUGGGUUGUUGAAGAAGGCCUAUGAACUCUCUGUGCUCUGUGAUGCAGAGGUUGCUCUCAUCAUCUUCUCUAACCGUGGCAAGCUUUAUGAGUUCAGUAGCAUCUCUAACAUGCUCAAUACCCUGGAAAGGUAUCAAAAGUGCAGCUAUGGUGCGGUGGAAGUCAACAGACCUGCCAAGGAGCUCGAGAGCAGCUAUAGGGAGUACGUGAAACUGAAAGCUAGAUUUGAGUCCCUGCAACGAACUCAGAGGAACCUUCUUGGGGAGGAAUUGGGCCCUCUGAACACCAAGGAGCUUGAGCAGCUUGAGCGUCAGUUAGAGUCAUCACUGAAGCAAGUUAGGUCCACUAAGACCCAGUUUAUGCUUGACCAGCUUUCUGAUCUUCAAAACAAGGAACAGUUGUUGCUUGAAUCUAACAGAGCUUUGGCAAUAAAGCUGGAUGAGAUCAGUGCAAGCAAUAACCUUCGAUCAUCAUGGGAAGGUGGUGAGCAAAGCAUGUCAUAUGGGCAGCAGCACCCUCACUCUCAGGAGUUAUUCCAGCCAUUAGAAUGCAAUCCCACAUUGCAAAUAGGGUACAACUCUGACCAGAUGACUGCCACAACUCAUGCCCAGCAAGUGAAUGGGUUCAUUCCUGGAUGGAUGCUUUGAGUUUUGAAGUUUGACUUUAUUAUUGCCUUAUUGCUCAUAACACUUAUAUGUAAAUGAUUUCAAGAACAUAUGUACUUCUCAUAUGGACAUUUUAAAAAAGAAAGAAACAUGUCAAAGGGUGAAUUUCAAGGACUAUGAAACCUUUAGGCAUGGACGAAAUGGCUUGUAAGUUCAUAAAUGUUGCAAAAUCUCCUUGACUUUAUCA